AUGAACAUCAAACCCAGAUUAAGUUCGAUACCCAUAUUUCGCACACCCAACCCAGGUCGACCGACCCCGCCAACCCUUUCUACACCAAGCCUAGCCUGGAACACGGGUACAAAAUCCUCUCGCACGCAACACCCGGCGGUCCAACAGCGUAAAUCCCAGAAAAUUGGUGCUCAGCGUCCCUUCGGGACCAGCCCAGGAGGGAUGGCACGAGGGCUCUCGCGCACCAGGAGCGUCGCUUUCCCUACACACCAGGGUGGAUGGGACCCGAGUGAUGUGAUGUGAAUCUCCGGAGGGCUGAAUUUGGUGCUGAGCUACCGUAUUACGCGAUUGUACUUGUUGGGUAGGGAAGGGUAUAGCAGAGCGGGGGGGGGGGGAGAGCAGGCAACCGGUGAUUGCCGGUACAGUACAUCUCGGACGACGAAGGUGUUGGGUGGGCGACUCGAAUAUAACCUGCACGAUCCUCACGCGGGGAAGUGGUUAGGGAUGAGGACCCAUCAUGCUUGAAUGUAUGAUAGCACGAUAUGUAAUCCAUGGUAUCAUACUUGACCUGCGAUACGGUAGAAGCAUUCAGCAGGAUAUC